UGCAGCCUGCGGAGCGGACGAGGAGGGCGCAGCAGCCUCUGCCUGGACGGAGCAGGUUCAGCUGCCGGCGCGGCAGGAAAGCGCAGCGCUCCAGCCCAAUUCCGUCGCUCGCCAGGCAGAAGGAAGCCGCCCUUCCCUUCGCCUUUCUCCGCCACCUUCUCCCUGAGGCUGCGGCAUGGCCGGGCGAGGUCGGGGCUGGGCGCUGCUUGCGCUCUGCGGCGUCCUGACCGCCUUCUGCCUUCAGGGCUCCCGGGCGGACGAGCCCGAAGCGGCGGGCGCGGGCAGCGGCGGGGCCAGCCGGCGCCGGCGCUUGAGCCAGGAGGACGGCAUCUCGUUCGAGUACCACCGCUACCCGGAGCUGCGGGAGGCGCUGGUGGCCGUGUGGCUGCAGUGCCCGUCCAUCAGCAGGAUCUACACGGUGGGACGGAGCUCCGAGGGCAGGGAGUUGCUGGUCAUCGAGAUCUCGGACAACCCCGGCGAGCACGAGCCCGGGGAGCCAGAAUUCAAGUAUGUUGGGAACAUGCAUGGAAAUGAAGCUGUUGGAAGAGAGCUUCUCAUUUUCUUGGCUCAGUACCUGUGCAAUGAAUAUCAGAAGGGAAAUGAAACUGUUAUCAACUUGAUCCACAGUACGCGCAUCCAUAUCAUGCCAUCCUUGAAUCCAGAUGGUUUUGAGAAGGCAGCAUCACAGCCUGGUGAACUCAAAGACUGGUUUGUUGGCCGAAAUAAUGCACAGGGAGUAGACUUGAACAGAAAUUUCCCUGACCUGGAUCGAAUAGUCUAUGUCCAUGAGAAAGAAGGUGGCCCAAAUAAUCACUUACUGAAAAAUCUGAAGAAAGCUGUGGACCAGAACUCCAAGCUUGCACCAGAAACUAAAGGUGUGAUUCACUGGAUUAUGGAUAUCCCUUUUGUGUUGUCAGCCAACCUCCAUGGUGGAGACCUUGUGGCAAACUACCCCUAUGAUGAGACUCGUACCGGAAGUGCUCAUGAAUACAGCUCCAGCCCAGAUGAUGCAAUUUUCCAAAGCUUAGCUCGAAGCUACUCGUCCUUCAAUCCAGCCAUGUCUGAUCCAAACAGGCCACCUUGUCGCAAGAACGAUGAUGACAGCAGUUUCACAGAUGGAACAACUAAUGGUGGAGCUUGGUACAGCGUUCCAGGAGGGAUGCAGGACUUCAACUACCUUAGCAGCAAUUGUUUCGAAAUCACUGUGGAACUCAGCUGUGAAAAGUUUCCUCCUGAAGAAACUCUCAAGAGCUAUUGGGAGAACAAUAAGAACGCACUUAUCAAUUACAUUGAGCAGAUACAUCGAGGGAUAAAGGGUUUUGUUAGAGAUCUUCAGGGCAAUCCCAUUGCUAAUUCUACCAUUUCUGUGGAAGGAAUAAACCAUGACAUUACAUCAGCUAAGGAUGGCGAUUACUGGAGAUUGCUUGCACCUGGAAAUUAUAAAGUGACAGUUUCAGCACCAGGCUAUCUAGCAAUAACUAAAAAAGUGGCCGUUCCUUUUAGUCCUGCCAUUAGAGUUGACUUUGACCUGGAAUCCUUGCAGGAAAGAAAAGAAGAAGAAAAGGAAGAAUUAAUGGAAUGGUGGAAGAUGAUGUCAGAAACUCUGAAUUUUUAAGCAGAAGCUCUGAAUUUAUAGCUUUUAAUCUAUUAUGUGUUGACUAAGUAUAAUGUACUGUGCAAAGUCCCUAUAUUUUAGAUUUUGAGUAGCUUGCAAUAUCUUCAUUUUUGAAUAUAUUUUUUAAAAAACUCAGUCAUUUGUUUUACGUAAAAACAUAUUACUAGGUGCUUUCAAGUUAUCAUCUACUAUCCUACAUAUUCCACGAGGGGAAAAAUACCUGACUGAAUGUUUCAUCCAGCUAAUUCAAACAAGUUUAUGUUUAUUUCAUUUGCAAAUCCUGAACGUGUAGAUUGUAAGCACAUAAAAAACUAAUUAUAAUUAGCAGUCACUUGCAGACCUGGCUACCCAUAUUUAGCAAGGCAAGUGAACAUUUGUUUCACAAAAUAAUGGCACUGAAAAGUAUACAAUAAGAAUGUGGUGUUGUAAGUAAUGCUUUACUACAAUGUAAAUUUGUUUUAUGUCUUGUGUAAAAUAAGAAUCAUGUGUACCUGGUUUCAUUUCUUCACAUAUAAAAUAUCUUUUUAUUAAUCUUAUAUAAUUAACAAGAAAUAGUGCAAUGUUUCCUUUGUUCCAUCCAACAAUAUUCCCAAACAAUUUCGUAACCAGAUUAAAAUUUUAAGAUGAUUAAAGAAGGAUCAUGUUGAGCAAUUGUUAUUAUGAAGUGUGCGCUGUGCGCUGUGCGCUGUGGUCCUGUUUGUCUGUGAUGUGUACAGUUGAGUAGACAUGAAUUUGCAUGGGAAGAUCUCAGUGUCAUUUGCAUGAAGAGCAAGAUGUUCAUUUGAAAACUCUCUGAUAUCUUGCAGCUUUAAAAGUGGACUCAAUAUUCAAGGUACCCCAUAUGGACUGAGAAGUCCAGCUCCCAGUAUGUUCAAACAUUUGCAGAACUUCCAAGCUUCACGGGCUAAAAUGAACACAUGGGGGGAGUUUAGUGUCUGUGCCCAUAAACACUGCUCCAUGAAAAUGAGUAGGAUUGCCAUCGGUGGCAAAUCAGCAGAGAUAGUGCUUCAUGUCUCUUCAAUGAUGUUCUUCCUGUGAGAACACUAGAGUAUUUUAUUAGAGUGGUAAUGGGAGGCACCAGUCACAUUAUUUUACUUGUUAGUUGGUACAACUGCAAAACUUUGGGUCAGAUUGCAAAUCCUAAAUUAACUUUUUGUGUACAAAGAGAUGAUCAAAACUAAGCUGAAUUUCAGGAUUUUCUUUUUAAAAAAAUAUUUUAUUAUAACAAGUCAUUUUUAAAUCAUAAAGUCCUUCAACUCUCAUUAGCAUUAGCUUUGGUCACCACCCUAUAAACACAUGCAUGUACAUCUCUACACAAAGUAGCUUAAAAGUAGGAAAUUUAUAUUGUAGUAGCACUUUUACUAUGACGCUGAAAUUAUUAGACUUAAGCAAAGAUGAAAAAUUACCCAUUUAAGUGGCAAGAAUGUAAGUCUGAACUUUGUAAGUCAUUGACUCGACUCUAUAAAUUUUCCCUUUUGAUUCUAAGCUAGAAAAUACGGUGGUAUGGAGUAAUGUAUCCAGUUUGGCUAUGCAGUAGAUGUCUGUGGCAAGUAUAGUGCUGACAUUAUACUGCUGAGACUCAGAGUGGAUUUGUAGUAUGUGUAUUUAUUUUAUCUUAUUUUCAUGUAGGUGUGAUGGUGUAGAACUGUAAACAGUUGCUUUUGGUUUUUCUUGGUGUAUGCUUGCUAUAAGAGAGUUGAAAACUGCUAACUGCUUCAACUAUCCCAAACCUUGCACCAUAGCAAGGGACCACAGUUCAGCAGUGGAGCUCCUGUUUUGCAUGCAGAAGAUCUUAGCUUUGAUCCUGCACAUUUUCAUUUAAAAGGAUCUUAGGUAGCUGGGUUGGGCAAGACUUCUUGAUAUGAUCCUGGUGGGACAUUGCUAGCCAGAGUAGCUAGCACUAGGCUAGGUGAACAAACAGUCUGAUUUAGUUUAUGGUGGCUUCAUGUACUAAGAUGUUCUACUACGGUUGAAGAACCACUUAAGCAGAAUUUAAUCUAGUUACAUUAUUAAAGCAAGCCAUAUUAUUAAAGAAGUUUAUGGUGCAAGAAAUUCAAUGUGGAGUCAUUGGUUCAAGAAACAUACUGUACCAUUAUUCAAUAAAUAAGGUAUUUACAAUGUAAAACGAGUGAUUAAUUUGCAAUAUAAAGGACGCUUGACUGUCACAUUUAUGUAUAGAUGGCAUGGUCUCUCUUUUAUAUGGUUAUAAUAUUUUCACAUUAUAUCCAAACUGUGAUGGAUAGACAGGGUUAGUAGCAGUGAGCCCUGCGCAUUUUUUUUGUUACGUUGCAAAUGUUGAAAUGCAAAUAAAUAGCUUCCGGUUAUUUUUU